AUGCGCAGUCAUCGGUCGGCCAAAUUCGCCGAGUACAUUUCCACCUUUGCGAUUUUAAAUUCCAUCGGGGUGCACGAUGCCGUUCUCGUGGAAAGGCGAGAUUCAGCUGUGGGGAUCGGGGUCUACGCGCGGGAGGCGUGCGAUGCGGGGACGACACUUUUUGUCGUUCCCAUGCAUCGCAUCUGCAGCAGCUCUGUCCUCGCGAAGCUCGGAACGAAGGUGGAGCUGCAAUGCGGAGGGUGGAAUGCGGAAAAAGUAGAAACGCUGAAUGAGGGGUUGAUCAGCUUUCUCAUGGGUUUGGAAGGGGCGCGUGGGUGGGUGGAGUGCGCCUGGCGAAUGGCCCUGGAGCGGCAUCGCAGCUAUUCCCGCUGGUGGGGGUGGAUUCAGAGCAUUCCCAGCGAGGAGGAGUUGCGCGCGCUGGAGGAGGGGGUUCGCGGGAACUGCCGAGCGCUGCACCCCACCUUCUACCCUUUUUGGGAAAAAGGGCGUCGCAAAAUCGAAGAGGAGACGAAACUUGCCUUUGAAUUGCUCUCGCAGAACAACCUGAGUCCUACAUUAUCCUGUUUUUCAUGGGCGAUCGAAAUUCUUCUCUCGCGCGGGAUGUUAUUGCCGGGUUGCUGGCGGGAAAGUGAAGGUUUGGAGGAGGCUGUGGUGGAGAUCGGCGUGGUGCCGUUUGUGGAUCUGAUUAAUGGAGCGAAUGAUACCACGUUGAAGGAAAACGCCGUUGUCGAAAUUGCAUCCACGGCGGAGGAUUUACCGCAUUGGUACAAAUCGUGGGUGGUGCAGGAAGCACAGCGAAAGGGUCGCAAUGAAUCCCUUGAUGUGGCGAAGAUCCUACGACAGCAGUUUUGCCUGUGUGUGAGCUUGACGAGGCCGCUGGCGGCUUCCGAGGAAGUGAUUAUUUCAUAUCCUACACCGGUGCUCACCACUGGGGUGCUUUCUAGUCGUGAAGAUGCGUUGUUAUCACGGCUGAUAAAGUACGGUUUCUAG